AUGACUGUUGUGUUAAAUUUAGACGUUAAUACAAAUGAAAAAAUUUCUAAAGAAUCUUUAGAAGAUAAAUAUGCCGACCCUGAAGGUUUUGUUGAUGAGGAACCAGCAAUUCGUGCUAAGGAGGAAUUAAUGGACAAAAUGCCUAGAAAAAAUAAAUAUGAAGAACGAUGUGUUGUUGUUUUUGGUAUUCCUGUUAUUGGUAAAGAAAGAGUUCAAAAAUUAUCAAAUGUUUUGAAAAAAAUUAUUGGUUCAACAAGUGAUGAAUUUGAAGAAACUAUUCCACUUUCACCUGAAGGUGGUACUAAAGGGCUUUUAUUUAUUGAGUAUCCCAAUAAAGAUAUUGCUUUAAAAGGUGCUGAUCUUCUUAAUGGAUAUGUAUUGGAUAAAAAUCACACUUUUAAAGCUAUGACUAUUACUAGUGUUAAAAAUAUUCAAAAACCAGAUCCAAAUUGGAAAAAACCAGAGGUUCGUGAAUAUGUUGACGCAGGAAAUGUAUAUUCUCAUUUAACUCAUAAAAAAUGCCUUGAUCAAUUUGGUGUUCAAUAUUGUUCUAAUAGAGAAAAAGAACCUAUACAUUUAGGUGUAUAUUGGUUUCAACGAGAACAAGAACCUGUUCUUGCUGAUAAUGAAGCUAAUCGUGCCAAUUGGUCAGAGUUACCAUUUCGUUGGUCACCUAAGGGUACUUAUAUUACAACUCUUCACAGUUUAGGAGUUCAAAUUUGGGGUGGUCCAACAUUUAAUAGAAUUCAACGUUUUAGUCAUCCACAACCAAUUUUUGUUGAUUUUUCACCACAAGAAAAAUUUAUCGUUGUCUUUUCAAAUCCAUUUUCAUCAUCUCAAGGAAGUAAAAGUACUACAGUAUGUUGUACUAUUUUCAAUAUUAUGUCAGGUGAUGUUGUUAAACAAUUUACUGCAUUACAAUUAGGAUUAACAAAAGAGGAUUCCAAACCAAUAUGGCCAAUUUUUAAAUGGUCUUGUGAUGACAAAUAUUGUGGAUAUGUAAAAAGAAAAAGUGAUUCUGCUAUUAUUUUUAAUUGUGACGAUUUUUCAACUUCCGACACUCUUCCUUUAAGUAAUGUUUCGAAAAUUGAAUGGUCUCCAAAUAAUAGUAGAAUUGCAUAUUACUGUCAAGAAAAUAUAAAAACAUCUGCUCCUGCCGAAAUAGGAAUUAUGUCAUAUCCUGGAAAAGAAAAAAUUCGUGCUGCUCGUGUUUUUAAUUGUUCUAAAGCUGAACUUUUUUGGCAUACUAGUGGUCGCUUUUUUGCAGUUGUUUCUGAAAGAUAUGGUAAAAGAACUAUUAAAGAUAAUGAAGUUAAGUAUUUUAAUAUAAUAACACAUGUUGAUAUUUUUGAUUGUCAAGUGAAAGAUAUACCACUUCUUAAUCUUACUAUUGAUGAUCAGUUUAAAUCUUUUGCCUGGGAUCCAUCGUCAGAAAAAUUUGCCAUACUUUGUGGUACUUCAAUUAAAACAACGUCAUUUAUUUAUAACGUCGAAAAAACAAAACAUGUUCCAACAUUACUUUUGAAACUAGAUGAACCAUCUAUUCAUAGUACUUUAAAAUUCUCACCGUUUGGUAGUUGGUUAGUAAUUGCUGGUUGUAAAAAUAUUGGAGGUGGAUCUCUUGUCUUUGUUGAUUGUUCUACAAAUGAACCAACAAAAAUGAAAACAACUGAUCACUCUGAUAUGACUAGUUGUAAAUGGGAUCCAACCGGAAGAUAUUUUGUUUCAAUAUGCUCAAAACCAAGAGCAGACAAUGGAUAUGUUAUUUACAAUUUCCAAGGAAAAAUUUUAUAUAAAGCUCAAUAUGAUGUGUUGGUAAGAUUUGACUGGAGACCAAGAUUAAAACUUGAAGGACAUGAAAAUAGAGUAGCUGAAGUUAAGAAGAACUUUAAAAAGUUUACUUCACAAUUUGAAGAAGAGGAUCGUAUUGAAAAAGAUGCUGUUUAUAGAGAUAUUGUUGUUAAACGUAGAGAAAUCUUUGAAGAUUUCAAGAAAAUACGUGAACUUUAUCUUAAACAAUAUGCUUUAGAAGCACCAAUUAGAAAGGAAUUACGUAACGGAAUAGAUACUGACAAAAUAUUUGAAAAUUGUGAAUAUGUUAAUCAAGAAGUAACAGUUGUUGUAAGAUCUAGUGAAACCACUGAAACUUCUAACUAA